AUGGUAGUUGCAAUCACGAAGUACUUUGACUGGACACUGGACCUACUGGACGUGGUGACAGCUUUGCUAUGCGGAGAGAUGAAGGAAAAGUUGAAGGCGAUCUACGGACUAAAACAAGCAUCGCGCGCAAGGAAUGAGACUUUCCAUGAGUUCGUCUGCUCCAUUGGAUUUCAAGUAUCCGAUUUUGACCCGUGUCUUUAUCUCAAGAUUACAAGUGGCGAGUGCGUGCUUUUGCUGGUAUACGUCGAUGAUGUGUUGGUGACUGGCAGCUCGACCGAACUGAUUAUGCGUACCAAGAGUGACUUGAAGGCGCGUUUCGAAAUGACUGACAGCGGCAAGUGCGCAUUCGUGUUGGGCAUCGAGCUGGUGUACAACGACAACGGUAGCGUGACGAUGUGCCAGUGA